CCAUCACCAUGGAUACUUUUCAUUGGUAAUCAUUUUGAUUGAGGGUACAUGAUUCUACUCUUCAUAGCAAACCUACAACAUGAGCAGACUAUAUGAUGCAGCAGAGCCAACAGUUAUAGAUGAGAAACUUUUGAGGUCUUUAAUACUGGAGCAGGGUCCUAAUGGAGAGGCAGGCAAGAUAAUAGAGAAGGAAGGAGUUGAGUUUCAUGAAGUACUUGAGAUAAGAAUAGACUUCAAAAAUGUGCAACACAUUGAGAAUCUUUGGCAGUUACAGAACCUGGUCAAAUUGAGACUAGAUAAUAAUAUAAUUGCAACAAUUACUGGCCUUGAUCAACUGGUACACUUGGAAUGGCUAGAUCUUUCCUUCAAUAAUAUCACAACUAUAGAGGGCAUUGAUAAGCUCGUUAAAUUGAAGGAUCUCUCUCUUGCUCACAACCUAAUUAAAGAGGUUGGCGGUCUCUCAACUCUCACUAGCCUACAAGUCUUGUCACUCGGCUACAACAAACUCCACAAUCUCAACUCUACGUCUCGAUAUCUUCGUAAACUCUCGUCGCUUCAGACACUUUGUUUAAAAGGGAACAAGUUCAGUCGAGUUCCUGCUCAUUCUGGGAACGAGACAGAGGAAGAAGCAUACAGGUCCUAUCAGAUGAACUGCAUUGCAUUCAUACCAUCAUUAGUAUACCUGGACUAUCAAAUGAUACUACAAGAAACACGAGCAUUAGCCUUGGAGCAGCACAAGGAAGAUCUUGACGAAAUUCUGAGGAAUGAGAGAGAAGAGAGAGCAAAGAAAGAAGAGAAUAAUGCUAUACAAGCAAUAAAGCAACAGCACACACUUGCUUAUGUUGAUGGCCUUGAACAAGAUGAAUUCUUCCAUUCCUUAUUUGAGGAUGACACAGAAGCCUCAAGACUUGAACUGCUACCAGGAGAGAAGGAAAGACUAGAAGAGUAUUGUCAAGAGGUUGUGAAAAUAUCCAGUGAUAUAGUGUCUAUUGGAUUAGAAGAAGAGAAGAAGAGAACUAGAGAGAGAGAGCUGUUCCAAUCAGCGUAUCAAAAAGCGCUGGAGUUGAAUCAAAAAUCCUCAUCUGAUCUGAUACAGAAAUACGAAGAAGAUAAAGCAAAGCUAUUAAACGAUCACCAGAUUGAUACACUAGGAGAAAAGAUAAGCAAGCUCCAUCACGACGUAAUGACACUAGAAAUGCAACUAGUAGAUCAACUAGAGGAUAUUAGUAAAGAAUUUGAAAGGAACUACACUGACAUGGUCAGUCAUAUGAUAGAAGGAGUACAGGCAAAGAUGACACAGCUCAGAGAAUAUGAGAAGAAUCAUCACGAAACCGUCCUAGAACUAUCAACACAACUAAUGGAGAGCUACAGCAAAGGUCUAUUAGAGGAAGAACUACCUGAUGGGCUGAGAGUUUUAUUUGCUGACAAGGACACAUUGCUGAGUGCUAUCAAUGCAGCACAUGAUGUGCACAUGCAAGUGAUUGACAACAAGGAGGACAGCAUAAGGGGAAGAGGAGAGAAAGACAAGAAGAAUUUAUUAGAUGGUUUGACACAAAAACUACAUAAAAGAAACAGAGAGAGAGUGACAGAGAUAAGUCAUUUUAUUGAUCUACAACAUGACGAGUUGGAGGAUUGGCUAGGAACAAAAGAACAAUGAAUAAUUAAUUAAUAAUCUACAUACAUAAUACUCACUAUAACAAAACUAAUAAAUUAUUAUUAUUUCAAAAAAUAUAUUAAGUAUAA